GCCAUGGAGACGUUUUGUUGAUUCCGAGCUUGAAUUCAACUGAACGCGGAGGAAUCAGUUCACUGUUCUGUUUCAAAGUCUCAUAGCUUCUGAAUCGACCCACUUCUGUGAACCGACUGGUUCUGAUUCGACCCAGACCUGGUCAGAUCAGCUAAACCCGGACCCCUGAUUUGAAGCUCGCACAUGCGUACUAGCGUCUUCUUUAGGUUGGGGAUUUGACUGUCUCUCUUUUUAAGGUGUAGUGAUGUCACAGCGCGACAUCAUUGAUUUUUCUGCGCUGGAGAAGGAGCUCAAGGCGGCGGUGGAGUCUGAGAGAAAAUACCAGCGGGAAAACCAAGCGAAGCUGAGGGCGGUGAGCCAGGGAGUGGAUUACGAUCAGUUCAGAGGUCUGGUUCUGACCUCUCACCUGAAGCCUCUGGACAAGAAGGACAGAGACGGAGCUCCACGGAAACAACCAUGGAACCCUGUAGCUCCUGGAAACACGUGAUGGACGAUCACUCCAGGCGGCACGGACCAAUCUCCAUCCACUAUAAACUCUGCUGUUCAUUCAGGUUUAUGAACAGUUUAGCUUCAGAUGUUUUAUUUUAAACAUCAAUUUGAUUUUAAUCUGUUUAUUAAACACCAAGAACUCCACAUGUAAGCUCACAGUUUCUAAUAAACUUCUCAUUUAAAAAUUGCUGCA